AGUGAAGAACGAUGGCGUCUGUUAAACAACUGCUUUAUGACACACUGGAUGAUCUGGAAGAAGAAAAAUUGAAGAGAUUUAAGAGCUACUUAAGAGGAUAUGGACAUAUUCCUGUUUCUGUACUGGAGAAAGCAGAUGCAACUGACACAGUAGAUCAGAUGCUGGAUCGUUUUGGACCAGAAAGUGCUGUGAAGAUCACACUGGAUAUCCUGAAAAAGAUUAACCAGAACCAUCUUGCUGAACAGUUAGAAAGCAAACUCACCAAAGUCAAGAUAAUCAGCUGCCCUCAGACUGAAGUCAGAGUUGAUCUGAAUACUGAAACAGUCUUUUUAAAAGAGGACAGGAUGCUGCAGAGGAUUUUGGAAAUUCACAAAAUGAAUAUGAAGAAAAAAGCUAAAUAUAUUUUUGAGGGAAACAAAGAAAAUGGCACAGAUCUCAAAGCGGUUUACACAGAACUGUUCAUCACAGAGGGAGAUACGAAAGAUGUUAAUCAGGAACAUGAGAUUUUGAAGAUUGAUGAUGUUUUCAAGUGCAAAAAAACACAUGACAAACCAAUCAAAUGCAAUGAUAUAUUUACUGAACUGGGGAAAAACAAGGAAAAUAUUGUGCUGACCAAAGGAGUUGCUGGCAUUGGAAAAACUGUCUCUGUGCACAAGUUCAUCCUGGACUGGGCAGAAGAAAACACCAGUCAGGAUAUACACUGUGUUUUCCUGCUUCUAUUCAGAGAAAUCAACACGAUUAAAGACAAAGAGGUCAAUCUCCAUGAGUUUCUGCUGCAAUUUUAUCCUAAAUUGAAAGACCUGGAAAAAUCAAAGUUAUAUAAGGAAUGUAAGCUAGCAUUUAUAUUUGAUGGACUUGAUGAGAGUCGUCUGCCAUUGAACUUUAAAAGCACUUCAAAAACACUGAACACUGUUGAGGAAAGAGCAUCUGUAGAUGUGCUGUUUACAAGUCUGAUCAAAGGGGAUCUUCUUCCAUCAGCUCUUGUGUGGGUGACAUCACGACCAGCAGCAGCCAGUCAGAUCCCUCCUCGGUAUGUGGGUUUGUUCACAGAGGUGCGAGGAUUCACUGACCAACAGAAGGAGCAGUACUUCAGAAAGAAAAUUACAGAUGAGAAUCUGGCCUCCAAAAUCAUCUCACACAUUAAGACGUCUCGUAGUCUCUAUAUCAUGUGCCACAUUCCUGUGUUCUGCUGGAUCACGGCCACAGUACUUCAGGAUAUUCUCAUUGAGAACAAUGCAGAGAACAUCAGCACAACACUCACUGAAAUGUACAUUCACUUCCUGCGGAUACAGAUGAAUAUGAAGAGUCAGAAGUACGAUAAACAAGAAGAAAGAGAACAUUCAGAGCACUUACAUUUAAAUAGAAAGAUGAUUUUGAAGUUAGCCAAGCUAGCAUUUGAACAACUGAAGAAGGAAAACAUUGUGUUCUAUGAGGAAGAUCUGAAAGCAUGUGGUAUUGAUGUGAGUAAAGACACUGAGUUCACAGGAAUGAUUGCUGAGAUCUUUAAGAUGGAAGAUGGACUUUAUAAGACAAAGGUCUUCUGCUUUGUGCAUUUGAGUGUUCAAGAGUUUCUUGCUGCAGUGCAUGUGUUCAUCUGCUACCUGAACAAGAAAAAGCAAGAGAUUCGGUUUUUCUUUGAAGAUUCACAAACUACAGCCAGACAAAAGCUUCAGUUCUAUUUCAAAAAUGUCAAAUUUCAUGACUUAACAAAGAGGGCCACUGAUAAAGCAAUCCAGAGUAAGAGAGGACAUCUGGACCUGUUCUUGCGGUUUCUCUUGGGAAUUUCACUGGAAUCCAAUCAAAAUCUGCUUAAAGGCCUGAUCACAGACACUAAAGACACUAGUGUGAGCAUCAGAAAAAUAAGUGCACGCAUUAAACAAUUACAAAAACAGGACAUCUCAGAGGAAACUGCAAUCAAUCUAUUCUACUGCUUAAUUGAGCUCAAAGAUCAUUCAUUAUAUGAGGAAAUCCAGAGUUACCUCAGCUCAGAUGAACAUCCAGGAAGAGAAUUCUCAUCUUCAAUGUGCACACUGCUGACCUACAUACUGCUCAUAUCAGAGAAGGUGCUGGAUGAAUUCAACCCAAAAAGGUUCACGUCGUCAUCUUCAAACUACACAAGACUCAUUCCAGCUGUAAGAUGCUGCAGAAAAGCCCUAUUUCAUGGCUGUGGUUUUGAUGAAACAUGCUGUGAAACUGUUUCUUCUGCUCUACAAGAAUCAAGUUCCCAUCUGACAGAACUGGACCUGAGUAACAAUCACCUGCAGGAUUCAGGAGUGAAGCUGAUUUGUGAUGGACUGAAGAAUCCACAUUGUCGACUAAACAUACUGAGGCUGUGUGGGUGUAAUCUCACUGCUCAGUCAUGUGAAAGUUUGUCUUCAGCACUACAGUCCUCAAAGUCUGUCCUGAGAGAGCUGGACCUGAGUAACAAUGACCUGAAGGAUUCUGGAACAAAGCUGCUUUCAGAUGGACUGAAGAGUCCAAACUCUAAGCUGGAGAUACUGAGAUUUUCCAUAUGUAAUCUCACUGCUCAGUCUUGUGAGAGUUUGUCAUCAGUUUUGCAAUCAUCACACUCCAUCCUGAGAGAGCUGGACCUGAGUAACAAUGACCUGCAGGAUUCUGGAGUGAAGCUUCUUUCCAGUGGACUGAAAUCUCCAAACUCUAAACUGGAAAUACUGAGACUUUCCAUGUGUAAUCUCACUGUUCAGUCUUGUGAGAGUUUGUCAUCAGUUUUACAAUCUUCAAGCUCUGUACUGAGAGAGCUGGACCUGAGUAACAAUGACCUGCAGGAUUCUGGAGUGAAGCUUCUUUCUGAUGGACUCAAGUCUCCAAACUCUAAGCUGGAGAUAAUGGGGUUAUGUGGAUGUAAUCUCACUGCUCAGUCUUGUGGGAGUUUAUCAUCAGUUUUACAAUCCUUAAACUCUGUCCUGAGAGAGCUUGAUCUGAGUAACAAUGACCUGCAGGAUUCUGGAGUGAAACUUCUUACUGAUAGACUGAAAAGUCCAGACUGUCAGCUGGAGAUACUGAGGCUAUGUGGAUGUAAUCUCACUACUCAGUCCUGUGAAAGUCUGUCUUCAGUUUUACAAUCCUCAAACUCAAACAUCCCGAGAGAGCUGGACCUGAGUAACAAUGACCUGCAGGAUUCUGGAGUGAAGCUUCUUUCUGAUGGACUGAAGAAUCCAAACUGUCAGCUGGAAAUACUGAGAUUGUCUGGCUGCAUGGUGACAGAGAAAGGCUGUCGUUAUGUGUUUUCAGCUCUGAGUUCAAACUCCUCACACCUGAGAGAGCUGGAUCUGAGCUACAAUCACCCAGGAGAUUUAGGAGUCAAACUACUCACUGAAAAACUGUUGGAUUCAACCUGCUCACUGGACAAACUCAAUGUGGAUCAUGGAGGAGAAUCCAGGAUUACAGCAGGACUGAAGAAAUGGGUUUGUUUUCUCACACUGGAUCCAAACACAGCAAACAAUCAACUCAGUCUGUCUGAGGAGAACAGGAAGGUGACACAUGUGGACAUGAAUCAGUGGUAUCCUGAUCAUCCAGACAGAUUUGAUUAUUGGGAGCAGGUAUUGUGCAGAGAGAGUGUGUGUGGACGCUGUUACUGGGAGAUUGAGUGGAGUGGAGAUUAUAGUGUCUGUAUAUCAGUGUCAUAUAAGAGCAUCAGCAGGAAGGGACAGUGUGUUGAGUGUGUGUUUGGACAUAAUGAUCAGUCCUGGAGUUUGUUCUGCUCUCGCUCCAGUUACUCAUUCAGACACAAUAAGAUAGACACUCGUCUCCCUGUGGAGCCCAUCAGUCGUAGAGUAGGAGUGUAUGUGGAUGUGAGUGCAGGAACUCUGUCCUUCUACAGCGUCUCUGACACAAUGAGUCUCAUCCACACAGAAAAGACCACAUUCACUCAGACGCUCUAUCCUGGGUUUUAUGUUUAUUAUGGAUCAUCAGUGAAACUGUGGUGAUGAAUCAGAAUAGACUGAUGAGAGAUUUUACCCAUAAUGCUUUGAGCUGAUGAUGAAUCAGUAAGAGUGAGAUGUUAUUGAGUCUCUUCAUGACAUUAAUACUGCAGCUCAACUUCUGUCUCUCGAAAAACAGUCAGAAUAAAUGUGUGUCAGAAAUCACCAUAUAGACAGUAACAUCAGUGUGUGUAUUUGUGAUUUUAUUGUUGUCUCAUCAAUCAUUUGUUUUAUUACAAAGUGUCAAAAUGUCACAAUCAUGAUUGA